UUCAUCCCGUUAUACAAGUACCAAAUCAAUUAGUCGGUGCACCACUUGGCACUGAUGUUCAAAUUGAAUGUCACGUAGAGGCAUACCCCAAAUCAAUUAACUACUGGAUUAAGGACACGGGUGAGAUGAUUGUGUCAUCGUUAAAAUAUCACGUACAGGAUGUAUCCAAAUCAAUGUACGAAACAAAAAUGACACUCAUUGUGAGGAAAUUCCAGAAGGACGAUGUCGGCUCGUAUCGUUGUAUUGCCAAAAAUUCACUGGGUGAAGUGGAUAGCAGUAUACGUUUAUAUGAAAUUCCUGGACCAAGUCGUAAAACACCGGUUAAUAAACAUGGUGGAAGUAAUGCUGAUGCCGACACCAAUGACAUUUUAAAGCAAAAACAAUUACGCGUCACAUAUCAGCCCGAUGAUGAAGAUCUUUAUGGUUCUGCAGAGGAUUUUGAUGACGGAGAUUUAGCUCUACCGCCAUUAACACCAAAUGUCUACUAUACCUCGGCCAAUGCAGCAGGUGGCGGUGGCCUUAAUGCCAACGGUGCUGGGUCCAGUGCAGGAGGAGCAGGAAGUAAUUCCGGCACCAACCACCAUAAACAUGCCACACAUAAACCAAAUAUGGUGGGAUCCGAAGUUGGCGGUGGUCGUAACCACUACAACACUAUGGGUAACUCUUUUGAAUAUGGCAUCGCAACGGGUAACAAUGGUGGUGGUGGUGGAGCGAAUGGCGGUAGCCUUAAUGGUCUGCCCGGUGUUAUAGGCAGCAGCAAUGCUGUUACUCGUAAGCCGAUAUUUUAUGGCAAAACGGAUGUUCGCGGUGGUGGUGUUGGUGUCGGCACUAUGGACAAUAAUGACAUCACCUCCAAGGCAUCGAGCUUCAUGCGGAAAAUGUCAAUAGCACCGCUGGCGAAUGUUGGGCAGAAUUCUUGUUGGUGGUGUUGGCUGUGGCGGUGGUGUUGUUGGCCAUUUCACGACCAUCAUUGGCCAUAUUUAAUAGUUUUAUUGUCAGUUUUGUACAGUUUAAUCGCAACACGAACAACAACAACGCCAGUAAUAUUUUUCAACAAUUUAUUAUAAUACACAACAACAGCAGCAGCAACAACAUGAGGCGAGCGGACAUGAAUAUAAGCGCACACAAUA